UCAAUCAAUCCAUUCGAGUGUUAUUCAGUUUGGAUUGAUUAAGCCUCGAAAAAGCAAGUCUCGCCAUCUAAAUGCUCCAAUAAAACCAAAUCGAAACGAAAAUGAAGAUGAAGAUGGAAUAUAUAUUACUUUUGCUCUCAAUUGCAAUUUCAGUGUGCAAUGCUGCUAUAAAGUCAACGACAGCGGAGGGACGAGUUAUAAAUGAAUGCCUAGAAAGAUUUGGUGGUCUAACUCACGAAAAUGCAGAGCGUCUUCAACGAUAUAAAACGUGGUCAGAACAGAAUGAAGAAAUUCCUUGCUUCACCAAAUGCUAUAUUAGCAAAAUGUAUGAUAUUUAUAAUGAAACUGCCGGAUUCAAUAGAGAAAACAGUAUACGAAAGUUCAGUGAACCUGCUUAUAACGCAUGCAGCAGUCACAUGUGGACGGGACGUAAUAGUUGUGAAGUGGCCUAUAAUGGUUUUCAUUGUUUGGUUAAAUUGGAAAAUGAUCCACUUAUACAAAUAGAUGGCAUUGAACUACUCAGUGAUGUAGCUAGAAACGCUAUGAGGCAAUGUCUAUUUAAAUUUAAUGAUCACGAUAGACAACGUUUAAAGGAGUUCUCACGGUUUCCGGUGGUGGAACCUCUUCCGUGUUACACAAAAUGUUUUAUGGAUAGUUUAGGAAUAUAUGAUAUAAGACGUAGACAAUGGAGAAUUGAUGAGAUGCGCAGACAUUUGGCAGUGCCAAAGGCGUUUGCAAAUAUUGAAAGCUGUAAGGCUUUAAGCAGAAGAAGAAACCGUAAUUCUUGCGCUUGGAUGUAUCAGGAGUUCACUUGUUUUGUAUUAUCUAAGGAGGAGAUUAACUGUUUUGAACAAAACGACAGAGACACAGCCAUUCUACGUAAAUGCUUGAGCCGAGCCAGUGGCAACGUUGCAAAGGAAGAACUGCUGAAGGUGGCACGUUACAAAAACUGGACAGAUGAGGAAAUACCUUGUUUCACACGUUGUAUAGCACAUGAAAGGAAUUGGUUUAAUAUUGAAGAGAAUAAGUGGAAUAAGGCACAAUUAGUUGAAGAACUUGGCGGUGAUAUGUAUAACUAUUGUCGCUUUGAGUUGGAUCGCAGAUACGAUGAUGCUUGUGAAUUUGCUUACAAAGGUCUUAAGUGCUUAAAGCUGGCUGAAGUACAAACACGUGAAACAUACACAAGUUUACUAAACUGUGCCACUAAUUUGAAUGCUAGCAUGGAACAACUACAAAGAUAUGGAUAUUUCCCUGCUGUUGAGGAAAUUCCAUGUCUCUUUAAAUGUUUGGCUGAUAAAAUGAAUUUCUAUACACCAGCUUAUGAAUGGAAUUUUGAUAAUUGGAUUAAGGCUUUUGGUCCAGUCAAAUAUGAACAACAAGAAGCCUUCGUAUGUAAGGCAUUGAAAGAAAAAAUUGAUAAAACAGAUACAUGCAGUUGGAUGUAUGAAGAGUAUUUAUGUAUAGAGAAUUUAAACUACAAUAUUGAUCCAGCUUCACGUACUGAAUCACCGUUAAAAAAUUUAGAUAUUGCAGCCAUAAACAAUAAUAACUUAGAUAAUACAGUCAACAAUGAAACUGACGACUCAUCCAAGAAAUGAGAGCUAAAUAAACGAAUUAGUAUUAAUAGCAAAUGUUUGAUAUACACAACAUUGCAUAUAUAAUAUAUAAGAUAAGAAUAAAAUUAAUAAAAAUUAACUGA